AUGGAUUUUGCUGAUCAGCUUCCCUCCUACUAUCGAUUCUGUCCCACAGAUUCAGAGCUCAUCGUAGACUGCCUGAACGCCAAGAUCGAAUCAAGAGAGGCCGCCAAGUGCCGGUUACACGAGGUCAAUAUUUACAACCACACGCCGGAAGAACUCGCAGAAACAUAUCGGUCCCACGAGAAUAAAGGGUAUUUUCUGACUUCUCGGGAUCGAAAGUACCCAAGAGGGAAUCGACCUAAUAGACAUGUACUCGGAAAACAUGGGUACUGGAAGACUACUCAAGUACAAAAGCCGGUGUAUGAUGCCACGUCUGGAGAAAUGGUUGGCUACAAGGGAACUCUUGCGUUUUUUGAUGAGAAUGACGACAAAACUAUGUGGCUAAUGCAUGAGUAUACAACCAACGAACCCAAUCUACCAUUCGAAAACGGAGACAAGUUGAACGAAUGGGUGCUGUGCAAGAUUUAUCGGAAUCCAAAAGAGGUGAUGGAAGAACCCAACAUACCACUGCCCAAGAGACGAAGAGUAUUAAAAAAGAAUGAAAUGAGCUUUUCAAAUCACCAACCCGAACAAGUUGACGUUCAUGAAACUAAUAUCUAUUCAGAUACCUCUGUUGAUCAGAUGGUGGCACCUUCCCACGAUCAGUCUGCUCACAUAUGGGUUAACAAUGGCAACACCGUUGGCCAAAUCAGAAUGAACUCCAGCCCCUAUCCAAUUCCAAUGCAACCGAUGACUACCUUUCAAGAUUGGAGUUAUUUGAUACAAGCAACAACACCGUGCAAUCAGAAUCAGUUUACUUCGAAUGCAAGCAACGGUUGUCAAAUUUCUGAUCAUAGUGCUUCAAAUUCUGUUUCUAAUAUUGGACCAGUUGCUUCCUCCUCACAACCACUUGAUGAUGGUGCCUACAAAACGCCUACUACUGAGCAUGGUUUGAAUUCAAUACAACCAGUGCAAAUAAGGGAGUCAUGUUAUCAGAAGAAUAGGCUUUCAUCGACUAAUGCAUGCCACGAUUUUCUGUUUUCAAACGGUGCUUCGAAUUCUUCUUCUAUGGAACCACUUGAUUGCAGUGGCUACCCACCGGUCUUGGUUCAAAGUUCUUAUGACAAUGCGCCAACCAUUCUCGACGUGCAACAUGUUUGGGACCAAUCCGCUCAAGGUGAUGCUGCUGCUGACGAUUUUCAUUUUCAUCAUCAUGGUUAUGAGGUAACCACAAUAUCUGCUCCUGUUGAUGAAGUUGAAUUGAGCUCGGAAAGUCUGGACAGUUUUAUAGAACAAUCCAUGGGGAAGGGUCAAGAUGCUGCUGCUGUUGAAGAUUUUCAUUUUCGUGAUAGUUGCGAGGCAACGAUAUCCGCACCUGUUGAAGUUGAAUGGAGCUCCGAGAGUAUGGAAAGAUAUAUAAAACAAUGUAUGGGGGUGUCACAAGAUGGCAAUGCUGAAGAUCCAAAAACCCAACUCAACGUGCAAACUGGUUCGAAUCAUUACAUGGUGGACGUACGUCACAACGAUACUGCUGAUCACCCUAUCCCCCAGCCAUAUGGUAAUUACAAUGCAAAUAUAUGCCAUCUUAAUGAUGUUGAUAAAUGGAUUUUGAGUACUGUUUCUUUUGAUUUUGAAGAAUCCAUUUAA